UCCUGUCAGGCGGUGACAGCGCGCCAUGCCCGUCCGCACCGAGUCCUCCUCGCUCGUGCCGCCGCCCCCCAUCAACACCCAGCAGCCCGGGGUCGCCACCACCCUCCUCUACAGCGGCUCCAAGUUCAGGGGCCACCAGAAAAGUAAAGGCAACUCCUACGACGUGGAAGUGGUUCUGCAGCAUGUUGACAUGGAGAACUCCUUCCUCUGUGGAUACCUGAAGAUCAAAGGGCUCACUGAGGAAUAUCCGACUCUUACCACCUUCUUUGAAGGAGAAAUCAUCAGUAAGAAGCAUCCUUUCCUCACCAGAAAGUGGGAUGCAGAUGAAGACGUAGAUCGCAAACACUGGGGAAAAUUCUUGCCAUUUUAUCAAUAUGCAAAGACGUUUAACUCGGAUGAGUUUGAUUACGAUGAGCUAAAGAACAGUGAUUUUGUCUUCAUGAGGUGGAAGGAACAGUUUCUAGUCCCUGAUCACACGAUCAAAGACAUCAGUGGCGCUUCCUUCGCAGGAUUUUAUUAUAUUUGCUUCCAAAAAUCCACAGCUUCGAUAGAGGGCUAUUACUACCACAGGAGCUCAGAAUGGUAUCAGUCCUUAAACCUCACACACGUCCCUGAACACAGUGCUCCCAUCUACGAGUUCCGGUGACAUUCAUCAAUACACCCCCAUCUUAUUGGGGGGAAGGGGAGGCAGAUAAUGGAACCGUUCGAGGGCAGAGAAACUCAGAGAGAAAAAAAACUGUUCUAAAAUCAUAAGGAACAAGUAGCAGUUUCUCUGCCGCUAACAGACAUGCGGUAAUGUAAUGGGAAGCUCAAGCAUCAAGAAUUGAAGCCAAGCGCGUGACUGUUGGUGCUUGAUUGUUUCACUAAGUAAAAGACAACUUGUUUUCAUCUGGUUUUAAAGCUACUUUAAACUGCACUUAUUGGUAUUUAAUUUUGCUCUCAUUGAUUUAAGUUUUCUUUUCAGUGCUAACUGUGUUGUACCAGAGCUAGCAGCCAUUACCAGCAUCACAGUUGUAUUUGAUGUUUUUUUCCCCCCCCUUUUUGCUGUUGGCGUGUUUUUAUAUAUACAUAAGCUAAUCAGGCUUGAAUCCUUUAAAAGAUCUUCUUACCUAUUCUGCUGGUGCUGUUGCACAUGCUCUAUGCUGUGUUUUUGUGAGAGUACAGAAGUGACCUUAUCCGAACAGACAACGCGAGUAAAUCAAAAAUCAGAGAGAUGGGGUUUUAAGAAAAUCCCUUGAAUGACUGACUUUCCUUUGCAAGUCUGUAAUUCUAUUAAGGAUUUAUAAAAUGCUAACUAUAGAAUAAAUGGAUACCCGGGAGUGAGUUUACUGGGCGUUUACCUAAUUUAGAGGUUAUGAUGGCUUCAACGAAGUCCUUUAAAACCUGAGAUUAGGCUGUGGGUUUGGUCCUCCCCGUUAUCCAUGUUAUAGGAUAUAUUCUGUGUGGAAUUUGAGUAAGUUUUGUGUCGGGAGAGGGCUUCAGUGUUGCUGUCUCAGAUGUUCACAGAAGGCUAACGUGUGCCUUUUGUGAUGUUGUUCCUUUGGAAUUGGGGAAAAGAUUAGUUUGCAGUGCAGGGGAUUCCACGUGUGGCGUGUUCCCAAUCUGAGCUGCCAGUUCCCCCUUCUUCACCUCCCAACUCCCUUCAUCCCAAGAAAGCAGUUGUGCUGAGCAUGUGCACAAAACCAGAGAUCCACCUUCACUCUGGCCAUGUGUCUGGCCUGACUGACUACCCAGUGGCUGGUUGAUCUUGCACUUAUAUAAAAGGGUUUAAGGGGGGCAGGAGAAAAAGAGGUUUCCAAAUUGGACAACCUAUUAAUAUAAAUUUUAAUAAUAGAAGAGGUUUUAACAAAAUUGGUGCAGGAAAACAAGUUUCUUCAACUGGUUGUAACUAGCGACAUCUAGUGCUAGAAAACGUGUAUUGCACCAACAUUUUAUCCAUAGUAUGACUCCUUUUAUCCUGAUUAAACACAUCGCUGAUUUGCAUACAAAUUGAAUGCCUAGAUCAGGACUUGCGAGUACAUAUAAUGGGAGUAAAUGGGAAUGGUAUGGUGGAAUUUUGUGCUUCAACAGGAUUAUGCAGGUGUAUGUUUUUAUUUCCAAAGUACAAUUUCUCUCCUGAAGAUUAGUCAUGAAGAUAUGAAUGGACUUUAGCUUUGAAAUUCUACAUAUAACAGUUAGAUCUGUUGGUUUAAAACUUUUCCUGCUCUGUCAGAAAUAGGAUUGUUUUAAUCUCACACGGGUCAAGACUUGCUUCUGUUCCUCACUUGUAUUUUGCAUAUUUUUGGAACACUGGCAAAUAAACUCAAAUACUUUUUAAAACCUUUAAGUAAGAAGAUUUCUGUAAGUGGGAAAAUAAAGCCCACUAUCCACAGGCAAGACAGUCCCUAUACAGUGUGGAUGGCAUACUGACACGUGAAGGUGGACUAACCAGUUUGUAUUGAUUUUAUUGUUAAAUCGGAGCAUGGGGACGAAUAUUUCAUUACACUGCAUUGUUCAAAGAUAUCUGGAGCUUUACGUUUGAGAUCUGUGGUGAAAUAUGUAAGAGUGCCACAUCCAAUAAAGUUCCUUGUGAAAGACUGCAGCUUUUGGACUCUUCUGGGCCUUACGAAAAAAAACAUUCUCUCCAGUGAAUUUACUGAUGAGAAUAUUUGUCAGUGCAAUAAAAAAAAUUCAAGACAAUUAAAAUUGUAAAUGUGGUAAAUCGU